GGCGUUGUCACAGUGCCUGUGUCGCCGCGCGUCCUCAGCAGCAGCCGUCAGCCGUCAUAGCCACCAGUCGCACAACAUAAUCAAUUCAAAUUAGAGCAACGGCAACGAAUCGCAUUAGAUCAUUCGCUAGCGAGCAGUGUACGUGUGAGCACGCAUAACGGUAUUAUCCGGUUAAUAUUUUUCCCCAUCAAAAAUCUUAUGUGUGGAUGUGUGUUUGUGUGUAUGGCAAGUUUCGCAAUAAAACGGCAAAGCAAUACGUUUUAAGACUGCGCUCCCGGUUGCAUGAAAUGCAGGACAAAAAUUCGGAUGCAAUAAAAAAACAUUGCUGAAAAUUAGAGGAAAAUCAUGAAUUAAUAAAUUUUAUGGGAAAACUAAUUUUUUUAACAUCGAAGGUGUGUGUGUGCGAUAAUCGCUCAGACUGAAAGUAAGCAAAAAAGUUAGAACAAAAAAAUAGUUUGCGAGUUUUUUAGGUUAAAAUAAUAAAAGCCUACUUUUAAAACUGAAUAAAAGUACCAAAUUAUAUUUUAAAUACUAAAAAAGUGCAUUAAAGGAAAAGCUGAAAUUCAUUAAGCAUAGAGAACCUUAGAAAAGCGUAAAAGAAGCCCAAAAAGCGAAAAGAAAAAAAUUAAAAAAAACGAAAAAUAAUUUAAAAAAAUACGCCAAAUUGAUCGCUUUUGCUCAUAAACAAACUGCUUCUGAACUGAAGUAAAAUUUUCAAUCCAUAAGGCACACAAAAAAAAAAAACAAAAGGAAAACUACUAACAAACAAUGACGUCAAAUUGCUUGCCUUUGCCAAAAAUUCAGAUGCUAAUUUUCCUAAUACAGAAUUAAUAAAAAACUGAGCCUAAAUUGAAAUAAAAUUAUUAAUCUAAACGCCAGACUAAAAUACUUCAAGAAUCACGCGUGAAAUCGAAAACAAAUGAGAAAAACCUAACAAAAAAUGGCGUCAAAUUGUUAACCUUUGCCAAAAAACACAUUCCAAUUUUCAUACUAGAAGAUUAAAAAACCUGCACUUAAACUGAAAUAAAAAAUUUUCAAAUUAUAUUCCAAAUAUAUAUCAGAAAAAAUUUUUCCGAACGCGCGUGAAAUCAAAAACAAAACAAAAGGAAAAUCUAACGAAAAAUGGCCCAAACCUUUGCCUAAAAUAUAUCUCCAAUUUUCUUAAUAGAAAAUUAAUAAAAAAACGGCACCUAAAAUGAAAUAAAUUUAUUAAUCAAUCCCCAAUCUUCACCGAUCGCACGUGAAAUUGCAAAAAAAAAACACAAAAAAAAGUCUAACAAAAAAUGGCGUCAAAUUGUUAACCUUUGUCAAAAAACAUUUCCAAUUUUCAUAAUACAAAAGUGGCAAAAAACUGCACCUCAACUGAAAUAAAAUUUUCGAUCCACAAGCCACACAAAAAUACUUCACCGAUCGCGCGUGAAAUCGACGCAACUCUCGUGAAAAUUAUCGACUUUGCAAAUUGAAAAUUUCCUUGAACAAAAAAGCCAUUUCCAUGCGCUUUUUCGACGCAGAUCCCUUGAAAAAUCAUUUCCACUCAUCUUAAACAAUCAACAGCUUCAAAAUCUCAUUUACCGUUGGAAGUAUUUCAUGCAUGUCCCAGCUUACCUGCCCGCUCUCAGCAAAAGUUUACCUUGACUACUGAGGUGCAUAUGUGUGUGUGUGUGCAUGAAUUUAGCGCUACUUUGAAAAAGAAAGAAACAAAAAAAACUUUGAAACUGCCACGCUGCAUUGUUGUUGUUCUUAUUAUAUGCCAAACACGCGCGCAUCAAAGUUGAAAAGUGCAAUUUAAGUGAGCUCAGAAACUUUUCCGCCCAUCCACAACUUGAUUGGGCAUCUUUUUUCUAUUUAAACUGAAACUAAAACUAAAACUAAAUUACGCGUGUGUGCGUAUGUGUGUUUCUUGCUUUAGUAUUUGCAGUUGACUUGAGCUGCACUCACCUGGCGCGGCCUCCUCUUUGACUGACUGCGUUCAGUUCGCCUAUUUUAUGGAUAAUUAAACGCGUAAUUGUGCGGGAGGAAAACUUUUUUUUCGUUUGAAAAGGACGUGAUUUUCCCUGAUGCUAAAAGAGUUGAAGAGUUGGCAAAUAAAAAAUAGUAAAAAUAAAUAAAAUCAUUGUUUGCAACGCCAUUUAAUUUCACGUGCGUGUGCGCGUUUAAAAAGUUUGGCGCAGGAUAAUAAAAAAUCAAAAUAUCAGCGAGUAUUUGAAAAAGACACAGCAAAGAAAUUUCACUAUUCGAAACUGUUGAAAAACUCAGAAGGAAAGUUGAAGUGCAUUUAAAGUAACUGGAGAUCGAGAAAGAAGAAAAUAAAUCAAACGAAAAUAAAUUCUAAACUAACGCAGCACCAUUUUUUGUGUUACCUUCAGCUUUUAUUUUAAAAAAGCGCGUGUGGCCGGGUUUCCAAGGAGGAAACCCGCCAAGUAAUUAUCGUCAAAAUUUUCACAGACGGAAAUAAGCUUGGGCCUGCGGCUGCGGGAAGAGGUAUGUUCUGCUAUCAGUGCCCGCCAUCGUUGCAUCCAUGCGGACCGCAUCCGUCACGUUUGCCUACACUCGACUAUCCGUUUGCCGCAACGCAUCCUUAUGCAAGUUACUCCUACCAUCCUUCCAUACACGAUGAGACAUUUGUGCGACGCAAGCAGCGGCGUAAUCGCACCACAUUCACAUUGCAACAGUUGGAGGAGCUGGAGACUGCCUUUGCACAGACCCAUUAUCCGGAUGUGUUCACACGCGAGGACCUGGCGAUGAAAAUUAAUCUGACGGAAGCGCGCGUUCAGGUUUGGUUUCAGAAUCGGCGCGCAAAAUGGCGUAAGGCCGAACGCCUUAAGGAUGAGCAACGCAAGCGCGAGAAUGGCGAAAGUAGCGGCUCGCUGGACAAGCUUCAUGACAGCCGCGAAUCUUCGCCGGAUAUUACGGGAGAAAUUGACGAUGAUGAACCUUCUCUGCGCCGCUCCCACAGUCCUGGUCCGCUGUCGGCCAGCCCGCAUGCAUUGGACUCGGAUAACGAACGCCCGCUUUCAUCCACGCAACUUACCACUCAAUCGGCUUCGCAGUCCGUUGGUUCGAUUAGCGCUGGCUCGCCUUCGCCUAGUGCGCGCGCCACACCACAACAUUGCCCCAAUAGUCCAACUUCGAAUUCGCGCCAUACCGACUCGCCGAUCGAAGUUGGCGGUCCGAUUUCCUUGACUUCGCGCACUUCGUCCGGCACUACUCCCACAUCGGCGCUGCAUAGCACACCAACAACAUUUAGUAGCCACAUUUUUGGAAAUUUCGGCAGUGAUAGCAAUUGCGGCUUUCGUCCUGUGCUCAAUGACAACUCUGGCAGCGUGGUCGUUUCUGGUGCUGGCGCACAGCGCACAACCACACAUCCACCACUCUUUCUGCCACCGCACUUGGCCUCGCUCAGCUCGCAGUUUACACAUCAACCACUCUUUCCCGGGCUAAAAGGCGUUUCCCCUUUUCCGGGGCUCUGCUCUUGCUGCUCGCUCAAACCACCACCACCACCGCCAAGCGCCUCUUCGGUAGCCGCCGCCGCCGCAGCCGCAGCUGCUGCUGCUGUCUCAUCAUCAUCCUCCUCCUCCAAUGUGCCCAUCACUUCUGCCGCUCCCUCAGCCAGCAGCUCGCCUGAUUCGCCGCCCAACUCUGCCUCGGCCAUUGGUCAGUCAACGCAUAACAAUCACGAUGCACGCUCUAGCUCUGUGGCUGAAUUGCGUCGCAAGGCGCAAGAACAUUCUGCCGCAUUGUUGCAAUCAUUGCAUGCCGCCGCUGCAGCUGGGCUCGCCUUUCCUGGCUUGCAUUUGCCACCGCUUUCGUUUCAUCAUCAUUCCGCCGCUGCGCUGAGCAACGCCCAUGCCGCUGCUGCCGCAGCUGCUGCGAACAACAACAACAAUCACAAUAAUAACAAUAAUAAUGGUGUGCGACUGAAAAGUGAGUCGGCACAGGAUAUGACGGCAAGCACCAUGAAUGGCCUAUCGGCAGCGGCGGCUGCAGCAGCAGCUGCUGCGGCAGCAAGCAAUCAUCACAGCAUCGCCAGUUUGACGCUGCUCGACGCGCAGAAUGCUGCCUAUCAUCAUCAUCAUCAGCAGCAACAACAACAGCAACAACAUCAGCAGCACCAGCAGCAGCAGCAAAUGACGCAGGCGGCGCUGCAUCUUCAGCAACAAAACCAGCUCUCGCCACCUAUAACGCCAACUCACACACCCACCAUCCACCGCCAGGAGACGCCACCUAAAUGCGCGAAUGGUGGCGGUGCAGCUGCGAUUGCUGGUGGUAUCACCACGAAAAGUGAAUAAUUGUAAGAGAAAUUAAAGGCAAAUAGUCAGUGGUUCGAAAAUCAAUAUUAACAAAAAAUUUGCUCUCUUGCCUCCAAUAGAAAGCGGCGAACGUAGUGGGGUGAUGAACUCUCAAAUAAUUGUAAAAUUUGUGGGCUGAUCUGCGUGAUAUGUCGGUGUAUAAAGUUUGAUUUUUAUUCGUAAUUAAAGUAGUAGUAAAUAUUUAGUAAAUAGCAGUAGUCAUAUAAAAAGUAGUUCAGUUUUACUUUAAUAAAAGUAGUCAUAGAAAUAGCAACUAAUAUUGAACCCGAUAAAACAUGCUUUAGAAUUAAGCUCACCAGAAAA